AUGCUCUCCGAUCAAGAUUAUCAGAAACAUAAGAGGAGGAAGGAAGAAGAGGAAAAGAAGAGAAAGGAAAGAGAGGAUGAAUCUUCUUUGCCUUCAUCAUCAUCUAAUUCCACUCCUCAACAAUAUGAACAUCAAACUCUGAAUAAUAAUAUUGUGAUAAUAGAUGGUGAUGACACUGAUAGUAAUGAUGCUGUUAUUAUCACCUCUCCAACAAUUCAAGAACAACAAACAGCUAAAUUUGGUUUUCUAGUCAAUAGUCAAGAAGACAACAAUAAUUCAUCAUCAUCACCACAUGUUACAGGUAGUAGCAAUAAGAAACGAAAGACUACCAGUCACUCUCCUUUAACAACAAAUAUUUCUCCUAUUAAACAAGAAGAAGACAUGUCUUCUACUGUUCCACCCAAUCAACAAGAACAAACAGCCAACAAUAACAUGGUGAUGAUGGAUAACAACAAUAGCAAUGAAAAGCCUUCUACACCCAAACAAGGCACAACAACAACAAAUUCCGAUGAAGAUGAUGUUAUAAUGAUUGAGAGUAAUGAAGCAACACUUUCACCUUCCUUGUUACACAAGAUGCAAGGUUCUCUAAAGAUUGAAGAAUCACAACAACAGGAACAAACUAACACUAGUGCAAGUACUACUACCAUUCCAUCAUCAUCGGAAUUAUCAGAUAAUAAUGAUACAUCAUCAAAACCUUCGGAAGAGAAUGAUCAACAACAACAACAAGAAGGCACCAACAAUAAUAAUACGGUUCUUCUCAAUUCUGUCAAGACAAUAACUGAAAACACUGGUGUGAGAAUAGUGGUGCAUGCCUUCAUUCCUCCACAGUACACUGAUGAUCUACAACCAGCCUUGAGGUACAGUUAUAAGGAAAUUACAGGUUCGGGGAAAAACAAGAAGGAAGAAGUUAAAAAGGUAGACAUUCCACUGGGUCACACUCCUGUUGAGGGUCUGGAUAUUUGGUUUUGUGUUGUGAAAUUGCCACUUCAAGUUGAUUUCGUGAGCUUUAAGAUUAUUGUUAGAGAUGAGAGUAAGGCAAUUCAUACUGAUAAAGAGGUUAGAUCGAUAACACUUCCAAAAUAUACCACUCCAGCUGUUCAUCACAUCUAUAUUAACUUUAAUCCAAAAUCAGAAAAGAGACAGGGAAUUUUGGACAUGUUCAAAACCAAACUUUCAAUGACUGAAACCUUUUUAACAGAGUUAUUUACUCCUUCCAAGAUUGAUACUGGUGAUUUAUUGCCAUCUGAUACUGAGAAUAAUGUUUUUGAGAAUUUAAUUAGAAUUAACAGAAAACGAAUUCAAAUAUUUCAUUCAAGAUUGGAUGGGUUUAUGCAAAGUAUGGCUCAUCUCAGUGAUUUGAAUUUUUACACUAAAAUACACAUCAAACAAAAUUAUACCAGCACCAACAGACACAAUUUAAAGUCACCAUAUGUGUAUGAGGAUACCAAAAAGUUUCUCCUUUCUUUACCAGAAAAGAUCAUUCAGGAUAAGACUGAUUUCGAAUUGAAAUUGAUAAUGACCCUUGUAUUCUUUGAAAAGAUUUAUUCCAUCUCUGGUCACAAUGAUAAGAAGAACUUUGAUGAAAUGAUUGAUCUUUUGAAAGAAUUGGAUGUGUAUACACUCAAUACUAUAUUUCAUCACAUUUUGAAAAAGGAAGCAGAAAAAUCUACACCAAUCAACUUGAUUAGAGAUUCAUUCAGAAAUUCCAUUCAAGCUCUGAUAAAUGUCUUUUCGGCCACCACAAAUGACAAGAGAAAGUUUAGCUAUUGGAUUAUGGCUGCUCCAUUCAUUAGUCUUGAAUUGAAGUUUCACGGUAGCACCAGUCCACUGGAUAUGCUGAUAAUGCAAUCUGAUAAGAAGAGGUUCGAUACAGAAUUUGCCACCUUGACUUCAAUAGUUGAAGAGAAAAGAGCACUCAUUUCGAAUAGAUCUCAUGUCGUGUCUGGUACAGAUAUUGGUAUUAUAUUCUCAACAAUUUUUAAAAUGGCCUCCUCUCUUAAUGAUAUCAAUUGUAUUCUAACAUUAACAUCAGAUAUGCAAUCGAAUGAAGGAAGGUUCAGAUCUUUCACCACUCAACUAUGUGAAUUCAUUUCUAAUAUGGAUUCUUGGGAAGAUAGUGAUUUUGAUUCCUUUACAUAUUUAUUGGAAAAUCAUUCAUACGUUCUUUCUAGCACAUCUAUGUUGGCAAGUUAUUUCAAGAAUAAGGCUCUCAGUGAAGUUAGCCACUACCACUCUGAGAAUAUUUUGAAGCAUUUACUCAUGUUCCUUGAAAAUGAAGAAUUCGUUGCUAAUAACAAAGAAAAGGAUCUCAUUUCCCUGUCAAAACUCAUAGCCAACUUCUUUUCUACAUUGUUUGGAAAGAAAAAGUCAAGUUACAACCUCUUUAAAAAGAGUGUCUAUUCAAUGAAAGAUAUAGUUGCCUUUUAUUCUAAACUUGCAGAAUCCUUAUCAAAAACUUGUAUGAAUGACUAUCAACUUAUUAUCAUUGAAUCCAUUUCCAAUAACUCUUCCUUCACUUCCAGCGGUUCAGACCCGUAUUCAAGGAUUACAUCUCUUAUAGAAAUUUGUGAAGAGUUUGAAUUGGAUGAAAGGGCAACACUUGGUAAUAUUCUUGCUCAAUUGACUUUGGAUACAGUCAAAUCAUUGGGAGUUAGCAACAAGGUAAUCAACAAACUCUUGGAUACUGUCUCAAGGUUCUAUGCAGACAGUAUUGAUAUUACAAUUGAUGUUGUUUCCAAGAAAGUUUUAAUGUACAUAAUAGAAACAUUGAGUGAGGGAUCAUCAAUGACCAUCGAGAUAUUGUUCAAACAUCACUUGUUGUGGAGUCGUUUAUUUCAACUCAAUGAUAUUUUCACAGACAAGAAAUUGAUUGAAGGAGUACAGCUAGUGGACAAAUUCUCCCAACAAAUCAAUAACCAUACCAUCGCCCUAAAUGAUCUGAGAAUUAUUUUAAGAGAUGACAAUCAAGAUAGGUUCGUAUCACUGGCAACAUAUUCCGGUGUCAGUGUUAUUUCCAAGAAUACUCUGAUAGAUAUUGACUUUCAGGUUCAAUACUUUGAAACACUACUGAAACAGUGUCACGACUUUUGCAACCAUUACUGUCAACAUGAUAAUGUAAAUAAUGAAUUCAGGUUGCUAUUGGAAAAGAUUGAAGCUGAAAUCCAAAAUAAUGCCGUAUUUAGUAGUAUCAAUUCAAGCUUCAAUAAUUUUGCCUUCCUUAAAGAGCUUCCAACCCUUCAACAUUUAUGUAAAUCCGAGCUCUUUUUACAAUUCUGGAACGAAACCAUAGAUCAAAUGGUUGAAAGUCUGGUUACUGAAACUGAAUCCACCUCAAAGAUAAUAUUCACAAUUAAUGAUUUGAAAUCCCGAGUCUAUCCACAAGUAGUUCAAAAAUGGCUCCAGUUGUACAAUAAUCUGAACAUGAAAACUAUUUCAUUUUUAGAACUUCAAACAUUAUUCAGUGAUAAUACUGAGGAGGAGACGUUCCAAGAUAUGCUCUUCCUCAAAAGAACUUGUCAAUCAACUGAUAACAUGCUUGAUGGAGAUGCCACUCAAUUCCACCUUAUCAAUGAAAACAAUCAAAGUUAUAUUCAAUGGUCAAGAGAACACGCCCAACUCAUCUCGAGUUUUUUAACUAUAGUCAAACAAAAAGAGUACAUACCAAUGAUAGUUUCUAUUUUGAGCAAGUUUAACAGUAAUUUUUCAACUUCUGUUUUCACAGAUUCGUACUAUGUUAAGAUUGAAAAAAUUCACAAGUACAUUCUUGAGAAAUGGGAAUCUGGAAACCUCUUUGAUAUUGUUGACAUGGUCAAUGAAGCCAAAUCGGCAUUGCAACAUUUGGGAAAGAACGAAUUACUAUUGAUUGAAUUUUUGAAUGAAUCUGAUGAUUUAUUGAAUUGGUUAUGGCAACACAAUGAUUCCAGUCAAUUCAAUGAAUUGAUCAGAGUUUGCAGAGAAGUUACUGAUGAUGCUAUCAUAUUGCAGUCAUUUGCUUCUCUUACAAGUGCCAGAGAAUAUUUGUACGAGUUGGUUUAUCCAUCAAGAAAGUUUACCAGUUGUGAAUCCUUUUUGAGGGCAAUCAACACAGCCAACUUGAACAAGGAUGAUACAGAAAUUCAAAGGAGAUUGACAGACUGUAAAGUUAUUAGAUCAAACUUGGAGAAUGUCAAACAAGUAUUUAAAGAAAAGACGAGAAGCCCCUCUGUGACUGCUGUUUUAAAGCUUUUAGAAAUUAUAAGUGGUGCGACCAUAUCUGUAACAACAAUUAAUUCUAUCUCAGAGGAUAAUUAUAUUAUAUGUAAUGUAAAAGGCAAGAUCACACACUUGAGUGAUUUGAUUGAUAUUAGAACAACAGUGUUAAAUACCACCAUUCCAAACGAACUGAAGGAGAAACAUAUUAACUUGGAUGCUGCUAUCGAUACAUUCUGUAAAUUAGUUAACAUUCUCUCAUCAAUGAAGAGAACUUUAAUAGAAUUAGGCAUCAAUGGUAGUAUGAUAGUUGAUAAUUACGAGUUUACCAUCACUCUGAAUGUUGAUAAUUUAGAAUAUUUAUUAUUCCAAUUUAUGGAGGAAGAAAAGAGACUGUCAGAAAUGAAUUCCAACUGGAAGUUAACGAUCAAGAAUAUUAGAUUGGAAUAUAAUUUACUGAAUUACUUCAAUAUGCGAGAGUUGAGAAAACUCAUAAAAUGGCUCGAUAUGAUAAAGGAAGGAAAUUCUAUAGUUGGAGAAAGAGUAUAUUCCAUGCUCAAGAUUAUUGAUAAUAAUCUCACUCUUCAACAGUACAAAUCAUUUGAGAAGGAAUGGAUCGAUUACGAUAUUAUGGUGGAUGAUGAUAUUCAAUUGAUAUCACUUGGUUCAUGUCUGAAUUCACAUUUCAAUCUGAUUGAGGAUAGUCACGAACAAAUCGAUUUCCUGCCAAGUUCCGAUUUGGGCAUGUCUACAAUGAAUGUAGAGAAAAAUAACAGCAAGCAAAACCUUAUCGUCAUUGCAUGCCAAAAUGAUCAAGAGGUUGAAUCUAUUGUUUAUUCUUUGUAUGCUGUUAAAUCCAUUCUACCACAAGUUGAAGAAGUACUCAUGUGCAGACCAAAUACAGACUUUGAAGAUAUUGAAUUGGUUGUAAGAAGAUGGUCAAAAUCGGAACACAAAAAGCAAAUAUUUACAUUGGCUAACAUUCAACAUUUGGACUAUACUUUACAAUGUAAAGUAGUGGACAUGCUUAAAAAUUAUUUACAAACAAGUACAACAUUAGCAACCUUAGCUAUUGUUUCAAGUACUCAACAACAGAGAAUUAUCAAUGCCUUCUCUAACUUUAGAUUUGAUGGGUCUCCACUUUCUUCUGAGGACUUGAAAGACUCUCUUCUUCAAAUUGCCAAACCUGGAAAGUUUUCUUCAGGUGUUAAUGUUUACACUAGCCCUAUGGCAGGUUGUGGUAAAAGUCACACAAUAUUUGAACGUUCUCACAUUGAGAAAAAGAAGCUAGUCUACAUUUCUCUAAGAGAGUCAGUUAACAUUACAGAAUUAAUUAAUCAAUUGAAUGAGAAAACUAGGAAUAGCCAACCUGUAACUUUGCACUUUAACAUUGCUCCAAAUGUGGAUACCAUUGUUAAUUCAAUACUUUUCGAAUUGAUUGUAAUAGGUUCACUCAGAGAUCACCAAUGCAACGUUUACCACAGAAGGCCAAUAGAUUCUAUUGCAAUAGAAAUACCAAACCAAGUUGGAAAUAGAACUCUUGUACGUUCUGUUCCAUUCUGUAAAUAUCUACCAAGAGUAGAAUGUAUUGUUUCGGCUCAUACACUCUCCAUCGAAAGGAAAUACGAAAUUGGUACUAAUGGUAGUGUGAUGGUCUCAAACAAUAGAAAGCUAAAAUAUGUUUGCUCAUUAUUAUUGGCUCAUCAAAAUGGCGUCUUUGUCAAUAAUAACGGAACCGAUUUCGUUAACUUUACACCUAACAUGGACAAUAUGAACAAGGAGGAAUGUUUAACCAUUCUCACAAGAUAUUGCAAUGCUGGAGGUCAGAUAUCGUAUGCUCUUAUUAAUAAUUUCGUAGAGUUUACUUUUGAAUUCUUUGAAAAUAUGAUGGAUUAUGAGGUUUUAAGAUUUUUACCAUCUCUAGAUCCUGGAUUUGCAACUUUACCUCAAUCUAUUGUAGGAAUGAUUUUGGAAAUGUCAAAAGACUUUGCUAUUAGACAAUUGGUGUUCAAUUUUAAUACUGACAAUCCUUCUUUGGAGGAAUAUUCUAACAGAUUCUCAAGUAUUAGAAAGUGGGAAGAAUCAAGUCACCCAGUCAUUAUUUUCACCAAAGAAACUUUCCAAUGUAAUGGUUUCAACGUCAUUUCCUUGGAUCAAUCUUCAGUUAAUAGAUUCUUCCCAGAACAUUUGAGAGCUCUCCUCCAUGAACAAGGAAUUAAUAUCAACUUUGACUUUAAGAAAACAGUAGAGGAAAAGGGUCAAAGAGCAGCAGAACUAGAAGGACUCAAAUUCUUGCAAAUGAUAUCUGGAAGUUUUUCUCUUGAUGAAGAGAUGGGUGAAAUCAUGAAAAUAAUGCUAAUUUCAAAGCUAGAUGAAACAGAUUAUGUUCUCACACAAGACAACUUGAUGAAAAUGAUUGCCAUUAUUUACAGAUUCAAAUCCAAUCUCCCUGUCAUUUUACAUGGUGAAUCAGGUGGUGGAAAGACUUAUUUGAUUAGUCAUUUAUGCAAAUUUUUAGAUUAUCAAUUAUAUAGAAUGACACUUCAUGGUGGUAAUACUGAACAGGAUAUUUUCAAUUUUUUGAAUAAUAUUGUUAUUGAAGCCAAUAGUCAUGCUAUGGCAACAUAUGUUGCGUUCAUUGAUGAGUGCAACACAUGUUCAGCAAUGGCAAUUGUUAAGGAAGUUGUAUGUGAUGGACUUUUGAAUGGUGUGAAAAUACCUGAGAAUGUGAAAAUUGUUGCAGCUUUGAACCCAUACAGAUUGAAGAACGAGAAGGCAAAGCAAUUGGAGCAAUCUAUUCAAUCUCAAACAGGAAUCAUCUACAAGCAUCCUUCAUUUGCCAACAUUCCUGAUCCAUUGGAAAAUCUUGUUUAUAGAGUUCAUCCACUUCCAGAUAGUUUUGUUGAUCACUUGUAUGAUUUUGGUUCUCUUUCUGAUGGUGUUGAAAGAUUAUAUAUUGGAAGUAUGCUAAGACAAUCUCUAAAGAAGUAUUUGAAGGCAGACGAGAAUGGAAAAAUAACAAAUGAAACUGUUCGCCAAGCUGUCAACUUCUUUGAAAGUCUUAUUCAUGCCUCUCAAGUUUUUAUUAGACAAACAAUGCACGAAGAAAGUUCUGUCAGUUUGAGAGAUGUGAGAAGAUGUAUACAAGUAUUUUAUUGGUUAGUAGAAGAGUAUCACAAUCCUACUUCUGUCUUUAGAGAUGUACUCAACUUGGAUCACCAUCACGGUAAUGAAAUAUUCAAUACUCACAACAAACACUUUAAAAACUAUGUCAUGUUGUCUCUUAGUUUUGCCUUUUACAGUAGAUUGAACAGACAAGAGAGAAGUGGCUAUUUGAGAUACCUCUCAAAAGAAUGUCCAACCAUUGUUCCAUCAGAAUUUGAAAAAUUACUCACCAAAUAUCAAACAAAACUUACAGAACAGAUGAAUAUCAGUGAAGGUAUUGCCCUCAACGAAGCCCUCACAGAAAACAUCUUUGUCUUGUUCCUUGCUCUUGUUAAUCACAUUCCUCUUUUAAUUCAAGGAUAUCCAGGAACAUGUAAGAGUUUGGCAGUUGAUUUAAUCAGUAAAUCUAUGAGAGGUAAAGCAUCUAACAACAAACAGUUGCAACACUUGCCAGAUAUUAACAUAUUUGCAUUCCAAUGCUCACCUUUAUCAGAAGCUAAAAGUAUAGCCCAAACAUUUAGAGCAGCAAGACAAUACGCAAAAGAAAGUUCUGGAUCUUCUUCAUUAUCAGUAGUUCUUUUAGAUGAAAUAGGUUUGGCAGCUGACAGUCCAAAGUUACCUCUCAAGAUUCUUCACCAAGAAUUAGAAAAUACUGCAGAAAUCAGUGUAGUAUCCAUCAGUAACUAUUCUCUAGAUAGCUCCAAGAUGAACAGAAUGUGUGUACUUUACAGAUCUACUCCCUCUGCAAAGGAUCUCAAGGAUACUGCUAAAGGUAUCAUGAGAUUCCACAAAAGCUUUAAAUUACAAAGUUAUUUGGAACCUAUUGCUACCAGCUAUUUGGAACUUUACAAGAAUCAAAGAAUUAAGCAAUUCUUUGGUUUACGUGACUUUUAUAAUUUGGUUAAAUUCCUUUAUAGAAUUAUCAAUAACAAGAUGACAUACCACGGAAGACCUAUUGAAUUUGAAAAAUCAUUGGUCUUAUCAGUUCUGAGAAAUUUCGGAGGUAUUCCAAGUGAAGACAUGGAUAAUGUUCUUAAGAUUUUUGAAAGAAACACAGGUAUCAAAUUUACAGAAUAUGAAAAGCCAAAUAGUUGUAACCUUUUGAGGUUGAAUUUGAAGGACAGUGCUGAUGCAAGACAUUUACUUGUGCUAACGAACAACAAUUCAGCAUUGAAUCUGUUAUUUGACUAUGAAAUACUUUCUCUUUCUAGUACUAUUGUAUUAUUUGGAAGUGAUUUUCCAGAUGAAAAGAAUGAUAACUUUAGUCUUUCACUUCAAUUACAAAAAAUCAAACUGGCUAUGUCAGAAGGAAACACAGUUGUCUUGGUUCAUUGUGAUUCACUCUAUGAAAGUUUGUAUGAUUUGCUAAACCAGCACUAUGUAGUUGUUGAAAAUAAGAAAUUCUCUAGACUUGCCUUUGGUAACUCAUCUGUUACUUGUCCUGUACAUGAUAACUUUAGAAUUAUUAUCAUUGCUGAAGCUAGUGAUGCUUACACCAAGUUGGCCAUUCCAUUCUUGAAUAGAAUGGAAAAGCAUGUGAUUCUAAGAGAUGACAUGAUGAACGAAGACAAUACCAAUUUACAUUCCCAAUUAUCUGCUUUUGUGGAAAAAUUAAUGGCUCAAUUGAACGAAAAGGAGAUUUCAAAGGUAUUUAUUGGAUCUCACAAGGAAACUCUUAAAAGUUUGGUUCAAUCCAUCGAGCCAAAGGAUAGUAUGGUGGAUGAAGAAAUAACUGAACAGAUGGAUAUUGCAUUUGACAAACUUUUAUGGAACAUGACACCAGAAGCUGUCAUUAAAUCAAAGAAUGAGAGAAUAAUGAAGCACUACUUUGAGGGACAAGAACAUUCAUCAUUGCCAAGUUUCUUGAAUAAUGUUUUUACUGAUAUUCAAAAAUGGCAAGACAAAUUUGGUGGUAUUCAAGCUAUUGUUACAACCUUCUCCUCAUUGCUUAGUGAAGUUGAACUUCUUAUUAGAGAUCAUGUUACUGUUGUGAAAGAAAAGCAGGUUCACUUACAAUUCCUAGAAUUGCACGAUAUGAAGACUAGUAGUGAUUUGAAUACUGAAUUGGAUCACUUUUUCGCCUCUAACCACAAAGAGUCAAUGCUUGUUCUUCUCUGUGAUCCUGUAGCUGCUUCUACAAGAAGAAUUCACUAUGCUCAAUAUACAUGUGAAAGUAAGAGAAAUACAUUCAAUGCUGCUGGAACUGGUAACAUUAGACACGUCAUUUUCUUGGUAAAUUUAUCCAGAAUUCCAACAGAAAGUUCCAAGUAUUCAUUCGAUUUUGAUAGACGUUGGAAUUAUGUAUUCAUUGAUGACGUUUCUAACAGUGAACAACAACAAGGUUUCCCUGAAUUGUUCGAACUUGUCAAUACUCCUUUCUCAAAUCUGAUUAACAAUACUCUUUCUGUUGAACAAAUUAUUUUGGAAAAUUUACACAACUCCCUUUCCAGAAUAGUUUAUCCAUUCCCGAGAUCAUCUUCUCAAAUUCAAUCACAACUUUCCAUGCUAAGGAAGUGGCUCUCUCAAUCCAGUAGAUAUUCAGCCAGAUUCACCAAACUUAUCAGAGAAAAGGUUAUUGAUAUUGUCAAACACUCAAUCAAGAAUGACGAACAGUGGUACCUUCAAGUGAUCAAUAAUGACAAGAAUAUUUUACAAAUAUGUGGUACUCUUCGUUCUGCAAUUCAUUACUUUAUUUCAAGAAUUGUUUUUAUGGCCUUCUCAUCAAUCUUGAGUGUCAUGGAUAGAUAUAAUAAUUUACAAUUAUUGGAUCAAGAAAAUGAUUCAGAAACCCCACAAUUAUGGUUAGAUGUUUUUGAAUAUGAUGUUCACAGUAAGCUCUUUGAAAGUGCUGCCUUUUCAAUGAACCAAUCAGGCUAUGUUAAUAUUUUGCAAGGAACUUCAAAGCACUUUGAUGCCAAAUUCCCUUUCAGUUUCAUUUUUGCUACAGUGGCAAACUCUUUCAGAGUGAAUCACUUGGUAGAUCAAUUCUCCAGAGAAGAUCUUGAAAAACACUUUGAAUUCACCUUGCCAAGAUUCGUCAAGUAUCAUGCUGAUAUUGGAGAUGAAUGUAUUGUGGAUGACGAUAUUGACAUGAACGACGAAGGAUCAGAUAAGAUUCUCCUUCCUAAUGACUUAGUCUCUGGCUAUAUCAACGAUUAUCACUACUUGUUUGGAUCAAAGAAUUGCAAUAUGCUUCCAAGUGAGAAUGAUCAACUUGUUCUCAUCCAUGAACUGAUUUCAAAGGACAGAUUACCUGACCAGUACUAUUCCUUGUUAGAUUCUCAAAUUUCAUAUUGGAACAAUGAAAAGAGAGUGAAAAUUUACUUCCAAGUAUUUGACUCUCUGAAAGAUAAGAAUGUACUCGAAAAAUUCUUAAACUCCAUCCCAUCAUGUAGAACCAUUGCAGAAAUGGACAUGCUUCUUUGUGAAUUAGUAAUUGUUCACUUCAAUCCAGAAUAUCACAUUACCUUAGAAAGUGAUCCUGUAGAAAACAAUACUUGGGUAAGAAAUGUUAGAAACAUGACGGCAAGUAUGACACGUCUCUUAGAUUUGCUCAAGGAUCCACUCAUGUCGGCUGAAGUCAAUGUCGACGUUGCAGAGAAAUGCUCAAGCUUAUCUCAUCAAUGGAAAUGCAUCAAAUUCUUUGCUCACUUCCUCAAAGAUCUUGUCAUUAGUACUGAAAAUUUGAUUGACUCUGAUAUUACAAAGAAGUACUGGGAAAAACUAAAUGGUUCAGGAACAAGCCACUUUUACCAACCAAAUGCUCUUGUGGAGUUCCUUCAAACAUUGACAGACAUUAACAAGAAGUGUACUAGAGAGGAAUCGUCUGAAGAUUUUGAAUGUUUCAUUUGUCUUUCUGUUCCUGAUCCUGAUAGCAUUAGAACAACAGUUUGCUGCAAGAGAUAUAUCUGUUAUGAUUGUGCUGAUGAAUUUUGUCAAUAUCAAAAGAAAUCAAAGCAAUGCGGAUGGUGUCAAAAAGAACUCGACAAUGAUGAAACUGUGGAUACCUAUACUAUUCCUUGUUCUAAUAUUUUGAAGGAAGUUGAAGAUAUUUCACAAAAGGAAACUCUCUUUAUUGAAAAAUCCACCAAGCUCAUUGAAACCUUCAUUACCAUGUUUUGUGUUGAAAGAGGAAUUUCAGAUAUGCUCAUUAGAGACAUUAUUAGUUAUAUUUGUGAAAACAAAAAGUUCCUUUCCGAACACAAACUCCUCAAGUUUAUUCUCUCAGAUUCAAUGAAGAGUUCCAUUAUUCGAGCACUCUUCUCUUUAAAGAGAAAGGACCCUAAUCAAUUCGAUCAUGUAGCUGCUUACUUUGAAGAGAACUUGAAGGUCCUCCAUACUCAAUCUAAAAAUGUCGACUUCCCAAUUGCUGUUUCGAUAAAUCAAAUCUUGGAGGAUGAAGCAGAGUUUUACUCACAAGACGAAGAAGGAAAGAUUAAUUUGGAAUAUAUUUUACAAACCUUGUCAAGAAAUGGUUUCAGCUUGGCUUUGGGUAAUGAUUUCGUUGGUUUCCUCAACAAUACCAGUAUUGCAAAAGUGGCUGUCAAGUACUUUGUGAAAUUACUCCUCAACAACAAGUUAUUCGAUCAAAAAUCUGCUAAAAAGCUUGUUGACUCUGUGGGUAAUCUAUUCACACAAAGUGAAAACUUGAUGCUCUACUUUUUGAGAGAAUUGACCUCUGUUGUUGGUCUAUCUGAAACUAGAGAUAUUAUCAAUAAUAGCCAGCUACUUGGAAGUAUCAAGUUUAUUCAACAAUGGAAAGAGAAGGAAGACGUUGCUUCAUUCCUCAAAGAUUCUGUUUUAUCAUUGUCAAAUCCAUUCCUCAAUCUUCCUUUGUACGAACAAAUUUCCAAAUCUAUUUCUGAGAUUAGACUCUCAAACACCGAUACUCUAUUCACAAAACUCUACACAUUCCAUAGAGAACGUAAUUCAUUGCAUCUCUUCUUAGCUGGAGUGCUUGUCGUAGUUUUGGAAGAAGUUACGCUUUCAAACAAGAUGGGAACUAGAAAAUUUGAAAAUCUCAAAACUUGGGUAGAUAGAAAUCAACAAUAUUUCCAAUUAUUAGGUGGAAUUUCAAUUCAUCCACUUCUCUCCCAAUUGAUUACUAAUAAGGUAUCUAACUUUGCAAAUAUUAAUCCAGAAACACUGAUGACACAAAUUCAACAAUUGAGAUGUAUCAUUCAUUUAAUGUUCAUGAUAUUCACCAAUUCACAAUCACUGGGGUUCUUCAGUGCAUGCUUGUUGAGCCCUCAGAAUUUGUUGAAUAACAUGUUCCCAACCAUGAACGAUGAUGUCAUGUCAGGAUUGAGUAGUAUCACCAAUGGUAGAAUUUAUCAAUGUCCAUCUGGUCACUUGUACAUUAUCACAGAAUGUGGAAGAGCUGCAACAACAGGACGCUGUCCAGAAUGUGGACAAGAGAUUGGAGGAUCCAACCAUAACCUACUCAAUACAAAUAGAGAAUACUUUGCCAAUGACCAAUCAGCUCCAACUAAUCUCUGUCGUAGAAAUGCUACAGAAGAAAGUGGACCAGCAGAUGUGUACUUGAGCCAGAGAAGUCUCUCACCAAUUGAGGUUAGAUUUAUCAGAUUAGUUAUGAGUGGAUUAUUGUUUGCAUCCAGCUCAUUCCUUGGUAAGGAUUGUGCAAUGAUUAUCAACACUAGAUAUGCCAAUCCAAGAGAUGUUUCUUCCUUCUUCUUUGAACACUUUAUCAAUGAUUGGAAUAUACUCUCUAGACUGUUAUCAAAGAAUGACGAACAAGUAAGCAUUAUCGUUCACAAUCUCAUUACGAGAAUGACUUUAUCAAAUGUGGUGUUGGAUAAUCAAUUGAUGGUCAAGACAUCUCGAGAAAAUUUUGAAAGAUUGUUGAGUGAAACCAUCUUGCAAGGUGCUCUCAAGAGUGAUAAAAUUAUGCAAGAAGUGGAAAACAUGAUUAGAAAUCACCAAACUUCAGUAGAAGGAAGAAAUAAUCACAAGAAUGAAAAGCUUUCACAUGCCAUUCAGUUUACAGAAAUUGCAGACAGGGAUGUAGUGAAACUUCAACCUUCUCUGUUUAUGAAAUUGGAAAAUAUCACUUUUGAUCACUUUUCAAAUACAUUCAAACAAUCCAAGAAUGAUUAUCCAAUUCUAAGCACAGUCAUUGAGGAAAUUGUAUCACUACAAGCCCUUCAAUAUUUACCAGAUAUUUUCAAAAUGUACGUUGAAGUUUGCAAGAGAUGUGACAAGAAAUUGAGAAAAGAGCAAACUAUAGAACAAAAUAUUGGACAAUUCAUUAAUGAUAUUCAAGAUCCUAUCGAGAGAGAAAAUCUUGCUAUUCACUUUGAUGGUUUUGCUAGAGCAUGGAAUAUGGUUUUCAAAUAUGUGGAAAUGUAUGAAUGUUUGGUUAUUCCUGAACAAAUGAAAACUAUUAGAAUGGGACUGGAUAAACCAUUAGUAUUCAUUCUUCCACACGAGAAGGAUGAAUCCAUUUUUGGAAUUGCAUUAACCCACUAUCUCAUUGGUAUUCAUAACAAGUUUGUUAAACUUACCAAUAGUGCAGAAACAGAUGUGAGAGUUAUUUCUAGCUCUGAUUUGGAUACUUCUCUAGCAUUCAAGUUUAGUUUGAAAGAAGAUUUAAUGCCUUUCGUGAGAGAUCACUGUAGAAGACCUAUUUCAUUUAAAUCCACAGACUCGAUCAAGUAUGACUUUGAGUUUAUUCAACAACACGUUGUGGAUCAUUUCUUAUCCGGCAAACCACUUGUAGAAAUCAAGAUCAAGAUGAUUGAACUAAUGGGAGAAUUGAGAGCUUCUGGUGCAAAGGAAAGAUUUACCAACCUCAAGAAGACCAACAAGAAUUCCAAGAAGGAAGGAUCUGACAAGUUCACUGACGAGGAAAGAAUUACUAUUUUGAAUGAACUUGGAGGAAUUAAUGGAAGAUCAGAUCGGUGUGUCAAAUGUUUUAGAAUGGUAGAAAUGGCUAUCCAUUUCAUUCAAGCCAAUACUGUCUCUGUUAGCUCUCUUUCUUCAAACAUUUUAGAAAAACCACUUGUUCAAUAUUUGGAAAAAGAUUUGAUGAUGACAGGAGCCAGACAACUCUUCGGUGCUUCAUUGUCCUCCAUGAUACGUAUCAAACAUUUGGAUAAUUUAUGGGAAUUAUUGGAAUCACAUCUCACUGUUGAUUCAUUCUCUUCAGUUCAUGCAAAUUACAGAAAGGAAUUGAGCAAAGAUUUGGAACAAAUCCUCCUCACAAAGGUUGCUCCUAAAAUUGAUCUUAAAGUUUUCUUGUCAGCCCUUAAAGAAGCAAUUCAAACUCACUUGACAGAACCGUACUCGGACAUGAACCAAGAUUUAAAACAAUGGCUUUCCUAUUUACCUAUUCCAGAUAAUUUUGUUCAAGGUACUGGUGAGCAUGCCAAUUCUGAAUUGGAAACAAUUUCUGACUUUACAUGGUUUAAACAUGUUCCAGAUAAUUUGUUUACCUUGGCAAUGGCUUUGGAGGUUUUCAAAACAUUGGAGACUUUGGUAAAACAAUAAACUUGUUUUAAAUUC